CCUAGCGUUAUUUUUUCCGACUUUUUUUGACUCGGGGAAUGAAACACAUCGGCAAAGCAGUAUUCUGUGUAAUUACCCACUCAGAAGCACUUCAAAGACUCUCCUGCAAAUCAGGUUUGAAUAUUUAACAAUUUUUAAGCUUUUAAAAUACUUGAUUUAUUGAUCGCACGAUGAGCAAUAUCAUAACACGCUCUGUCGUUUUGAAAUCAGUCUAGUCUACAGAAACUCAUACAUCUCAAAUGUAUGAUGCACAUUAUAGCCUAUAUUUGCACGAAAAUUAUAAUAUGAAUUUAUUGUAAGUAAUAUGUCAUUCAAAUACAUAAUACUUUGACCUCACGUUUCAUUCAUUUGGUUCUGUCAUAAUUAAACAGAAGUGGGAAAGACGGGGAUCCCAACAAGAAACUUUUUUUUUCUAUUACCCCCGGACCGUGAAAAUCAACAAUUGAAUCAGAGGGGGAAAAUAAAUCAGCCUUUCACCGAAAUGCCGCCGAGUCCGUUUGGCCGCCUUGGACAACAUUUGGCUCCUACCUGCGAGUGAAACACGCUAAAGUUUAACACUUGGUGAUCACUGGAAACUUUUCUUUAAAAGUCGGAAAAGAGGACAAAUGGCCGAUGAGUAGCGCGAUCAACAAUGAGGGGGGAAGAAAAAGCCGUGAGUUUUUUUUAAGGAGGUCUGCGGGCUGUUCCGCACGAUUUGAAAAUAAUCACCGUGUCAGUUUUACCUUUCUUAUGCAAACGAGGUGUCUUUGAAGGAGGGUCAUUUGGCAGGUUAGUCCAGGACGGUAGCGAAGACAGACUCAGAUCUGCAGCGCAACCGACGAGUCGUCUUGCGGAGUGUAACCGGGGACAAAUUAACGUUUCCCAAUGCAGUACAUCUAAGAAAGAUAUAAGAAACGGACGUGCAUAGAGGGAUGGAGAAAAAAAUCGCUGAAACAUCUAAAAGACUUCAAGCUUUGUGUUAGUUUUUUUUUUUAUUUAUAAUUUUUUGUAAGACCGCUUUCCAGCGUUCUGGCUGUAUGACCAUAGCGGGAUUUUGGGGAGAGAGAAGUCUCCGUCCGUUUUUGCGUGCUGCUCUGGGACAGGCUCCGUUUUCCCCGCCGCUCCUCGGAGUCCGAUCUCACAUGCACCAAAGCUACAGCCUGGGGAGCGGAUCGUCCGCCUGAUGAGAGGGACUUUUAUCGGUGCCUUCCCAGCGUGGGGCUCGGAUGUCCGAGCAGCACUCACUUCUCGGUCCCGCAUGAUAAGGCGAAUAAAGGGGGACGCUGCGCUACUUUGAUGGACUGUUUUGGGAGUUUGAUCUCUUUCGCCCUUAACCCCCCGUGGCUCUCCUGGGACAUAUAGAUGAACACGAACACUGUUGUGCCUGCAGGAAACGCAACGCAUAUCUGAGGAUAAUAGUAAUAAUUUUAAAAGCGGACAUUGCUGUGUUUGUGUUUUGAGCCGCUGUGCUACAUGAGAGAAAGCUGACGGGAUGCCUUUCCCCUCCGCACCGAGAUCGCUAUGCCUCCUCACCUUGGUGAUUGCCGGCUGCACGGCCAUCAGCUCCAUGGACCCUGACCGCCCCAGUGACGGGCGGUGCCAGCCCAUCGAAAUCCCCCUGUGCAGGGACAUUGGCUACAACAUGACACGGAUGCCUAACCUCAUGGGGCACAUGGACCAGGGUGAGGCAGCCAUAAAACUGCACGAGUUUGCGCCGCUGAUCGAGUAUGGCUGCCAUGGCCACCUGCGCUUCUUCCUGUGCUCGCUGUACGCGCCCAUGUGCACCGAGCAGGUGUCUACGCCCAUCCCCGCCUGCAAAGUGAUGUGCGAGCAGGCCCGGCUGCGCUGCUCACCCAUCAUGGAGCAGUUCAGCUUCCGCUGGCCCGACUCGCUCGAUUGUUCCCGGCUGCCCAGCAAGAACGACCCCAACAACCUGUGUAUGGAGGCCCCCAGCAAUGGCUCCGACGAGUCCCCCAAGGGCCCUCACACUCAGACCCCGGACUUCCGGCUCCACCGGCCCAACAGCGGCCAGGAGCUCCAGCUAAAGGAUGGUGGGGGUGGAGCUGGCACUGGUAGCGGUGGCCGCCGGACAUGCAGCAACCCAGACAAGUUCCACUACGUGCAGAAGAGCGAGUCGUGUGCGCCUCGCUGCUACCCCCAGGUGGAUGUGUACUGGAGCCAGGCAGACAAACGCUUCUCCCUCGUCUGGAUGUCUGUCUGGUCCAUCCUCUGCUUCGUGUCCAGUUCUUUCACGGUCCUCACCUUCCUGGUUGACCCCCAGCGCUUCCGCUACCCCGAGAGGCCAAUCAUCUUCCUGUCCAUGUCCUACUGCGUUUACUCCAUGGGUUACCUCAUCCGCCUGUUCGUGGGGGCGCACAACAUCGCCUGUGACCGUGACAGCGGCGUCCAGUACAUCAUCCAGGAGGGCCUGGAGAGCACGGGUUGCACCAUCGUCUUCCUCAUCCUCUACUACUUCGGCAUGGCCAGCUCGCUGUGGUGGGUGGUCCUCACGCUCACCUGGUUCCUGGCUGCGGGGAGGAAGUGGGGCCACGAGGCCAUCGAGGCCAACAGCAGCUAUUUCCAUCUGGCAGCCUGGGCCAUACCGGCAGUGAAGACCAUCAUGAUCCUAGUGAUGAGGAAGGUGGCCGGCGACGAGCUCACAGGGGUCUGCUACGUGGGCAGUAUGGACGUGAAGGCCCUAACGGGCUUUGUGCUCAUCCCUCUGUCAUGCUAUUUGGUUAUCGGCACGUCCUUUCUGCUUUCUGGCUUCGUGGCCCUCUUCCACAUCCGCAGGGUCAUGAAGACAGAGGGCGAAAACACGGACAAGCUGGAGAAGCUCAUGGUGCGCAUUGGCGUUUUCUCCGUGCUCUACACCGUGCCGGCCACCUGCGUCAUCGCCUGCUACUUCUACGAGAGGCUCAACAUGAGCUACUGGGAGAUCAAGGCCCGGGAGCAGAAGUGCGUGGAGGACGGAGGCUCGGAACCCGAGUCCUGCAUCAUGAAGAGCUCCAUUCCAGCCAUGGAGAUCUUCAUGGUGAAGAUCUUCAUGCUGUUAGUGGUGGGCAUCACCAGCGGCAUGUGGAUCUGGACCUCCAAAACCCUGCAGUCCUGGCAGAAUGUCUUCAGCAGGAAGCUGAAGAAGCGUGCCAGGAGAAAGCCAGCCAGUGUGUUUACCGGUGGCAGUGGCGGAGGCUACAUCAAACCUCAGCCCCCCCUAAAAAGCCACAGUACCAAGUAUGAGCUUGCAGGAUCCCCCCCGACCUGCGUCUGAGGGACAUGCAUGUUCCCCUGACUCAGAUCCCAAACUCUUGUUACUUUUCCUACGAACACUUAACACCAACCAGACUCAUGAGCCGCAGUGCCAGCGGACAGGAAAUGUUAAAGGUUUAUAUUUAUUUUUUUAUGCAAGCUUAAUUGACAAAGAAAAUGCAAUGUGUUCACAUAACACUCGUUUUUUUCCCAUUUCAAUUUAUGUCAAGCACUGAGAUCAGCGCUGAAAACGGUAUUGACGGGGUGAAAAAAAAACUACAGUGGGGGAAAAAAAGUUUUGAGACCAGGAUGACGGGGUGAACAGCUUCUGUGCGCCACUGAGUUGCUAAAUGACGUGCAAUAGAUGUUUUCCUUAGUUACAUAAAAAAAAACGAGACACGAGUACUGUAGAGGCAGAUAAAAGACAAUGAGAGUACCCCACAAACGGUGCGGGAGAAUGGCCCAGUGAGACCGGACGCCUUUUAGUGACGCGUCCCUUGGCUUUUUAAUGGAAAUUAAGUCAGUGUCAUACAUGCUGGGACUCAUUCUUAGAAAAAGCCUGCAGUUGAAAAGGACCCGAAAGUGUAUGGACGACCCGUGGGGAAGAAAAGAAUCUCCGGCCAUCCAUAAAUCAACAAGCACUAUAUAUAUGGCAAAACGUAUUUGUACGGCCAGUUCCUCUCCUUUUGUAUUUUAUUUUCUCCCUGUGCCUUUUGUAGCACAAUGAAACAUUUGUAUAUAUUUCUAAAGCAAAAGUUCAUUAUUUUAUAAAGAAAAUAAAUAAAACAUUCUAGUUUUAAACUGUG